AUGGGUAAUUGCUUCAAUUCAGAUGAGAAUUGCAAAACAUCAAUUAAAUCACUUAAGAAAAUUGAUUAGAUGUAGACUCAGUCCAACCAAGACUUAGAUGCUAAUAAAAUAACUUUAAAAGACUUUUUAGGUUUAGGUUAGAUAGGGAGGGUUAGGAAUAUAUAAAUUUAUUUAGGGCUAAUUUGGAAAGGUUUUAAAAGUUAAAAUGAAAAACAAUAACUAGGAAUAUGCUAUGAAAAUAAUUAAAAAAGCAGAUAUCAUUCAAUAUGGAUUGGUAGAACAUACAAUGCUUGAAAAGAGUGUAUUAAUUAGAAGCAAGAAUCCUUUUGUUGUCAAAUUAAAAUAUUCAUUCUAAACAGAUUAAAAGUUAUAUCUAGUUAUGGAGUAUUUAUUGAUAAUUGAAAUUUAGAUUAGUCACUGGAGGAUAGUUAUCAAAGCUUUUAAGUAAAUAGCGUGAAAAAAGAUUUACAUAAUUUUAAGCUUAGUUCUGUGCUGCUGAAAUUGUUCUUGGAUUAUAGUAUAUACACGAAACUUUAAAGGUUAUAUACAGAGAUUUGAAACCAGAUAAUAUUUUAGUUACAUCAGAUGGACAUUUGAAAUUAACCGAUUUCGGAUUAUCAAAAUAAUAUGAUUCUUAAGAUAUGAAAUUCUUUACGGUAAUUAAUAGAUUUAUUUAUAAGACUAGUUUGUAGGAACACCUGAAUACAUAGCUCCAGAAAUAUUGUUGAAAUCUGGACACAAUUCAUCUGUAGAUUGGUGGAGUCUAGGAAUAUUACUUUAUGAAAUGCUUGUAGGUUAUACACCUUUUAGAGAUAGAUCUAAUAAUUUAAGAGUCAUAGAAAAUAAAAUUAUAUAAAACGGAUUAAUAUUUCCAGAUUUCAUUUCCACUGAAGCCAAGGAUAUUAUUUAACUAUUAUUAAAUAAAGAUCCACAUUAACGCUUAGGUAUCUUUAAAUAAUAAUAUUAUUAGGAAGCAGAUCUACAGAUUAGAUUAAAAACCAUUUAUUUUUUUCUUAGAUUAAUUGGGAUGACAUUUUUAAUUUAAGAAUUAAAUCUCCAAUUUUAGAUGGUGUGACUAAAAUUUUAGAAUAAUAACAAACAGAAAACUAAAUUUUACCAAAAAAAAUAUUCGAAACUCCCUAAUCCUAAAUUGGAUAAACUGAUGGUUAGUUUGAAGGCUUUUCAGUUGAUCGUGAUGAAUUUUGA